AACCGGAAAUGACAAAAUAUCUAGCCUUGCAGUACUCCACGUGCGAGAUUGCCACAGUCACAUUGGCAGCCCCACAGUCCCCACCAUGAAACGACCAAAGCUUAAAAAAGCAAGCAAGCGUAUGUCAUGCGCCAAACGAUAUAAAAUACAAAAGAAGGUCCGGGAGCACAACAGAAAGCUCAGGAAAGAGGCGAAGAAGAAAGGAGUGAGCAAACGAGUGAAGAAGGACCCUGGGGUGCCCAGCAGUGCUCCGUUUAAAGAGGAGGUUCUGAGGGAAGCAGAGCAGAGGAGGCUUCAGAUUGAAGAAGAAAAACAGAGAAAAAGACAAGCCAAAAAAGAGGAGCGAGCUCAGAAAAGGAAAAAGGAGAGAGACGAUGCAAAGAAUGAAACAGAACCCAAAGCUAAGAAGGCUCGUCAGGACAACUCUAGAAAGCAGUCUGAGAAAAAGGGUGGCCCUGAUAAGAAUUCAAAACAGUAUCUUUGCUCUGAAUUAAACAAGGUAAUUAAUGCUUCAGAUGUAGUGAUGGAAGUCCUGGAUGCUCGUGAUCCACUGGGCUGCAGGUGUCCACAGCUGGAGGAGGCGGUGGUGCAGAGUGAUGGCAAAAAGAAGCUGAUUUUUCUUCUAAGCAAAAUAGAUCUGGUACCAAAGGAAAAAGUGGAGAGGUGGAUACAGUGUUUACAACGGGAGUUUCCAGUCGUGGCAUUCAAAGCAUCAACACAAAUCCAAGACAAAACAGUGCAAGCCAAGAAAAGCCGGAUAGUUCCCUCUAAUGAAGUCUUAGACAGAUCCAGGGGAGCAGCCUGCUUUGGAAACGGUUGUCUCACUGAAUUACUAACACGUUUUGCAGCAAACAUGGAGAGUGAAGCUUCACUAAGAGUGGGGGUCGUUGGUUUUCCUAAUGUUGGGAAGAGCAGUGUAAUCAACACCAUGAAAGGGAUCCUUGCGUGCAAUGCUGGAGUGAAGAGAGGCCUCACAAAAUCAAUGCAAGAGGUGCACAUCUUAAAGAAUGUGAAGCUUAUUGACAGUCCUGGAGUGUUGGCUUCUCCGUCAAACCCACCAGCCUCUAUGGCUCUAAGGAGCCUGCAGGUGGAGGAAGGUCAGGAGACUGUGCUGGAAGCCGUCAAGACUCUACUCAAACAGUGCGACAAGAACCAAAUCAUGCUUCAGUACAAUGUCCCAGACUUCAGAAACUCGCUGGAAUUUUUGACCCUCUUUGCCAAAAAGCGUGGGUAUCUGCUGAAAGGUGGAGUUCCUAACACAGAGCAGUCAGCCACAGUGUUCCUUGCCGAUUGGACAGGGGCCAAGCUGAGCUACCACUCUAAGCCUCAAGAAAACCAGAGCCUCCCUGCAUACAUGUCCGACACCGUGAUCUCUGAGAUGAAGAGUGGAUGGGAUCUGAACUAUCUGGAGACAGGCAACCAGGAAACUCUGAAAGGCGUUAAAUUUCCGAGCCUGGCCAGUAGCAUAAGCUUCAUCUCUAAAGGGCCGACUGCAGGGCUGCUGAGUGUCAAUGACAAUGCUGAAGACAAAGCUGAAGCUCCGACCACAGAAGGAGAAGAAAAGCAGAAUGAUGAGAACACGGAGCCAGAGCAAACUGCUGAGGAGACGAAUAAACCCGAAGAAACAGAGAAACCUCAGCAGGCAUCAUUCAAAAAAAAAGCAGCCCAUGUGCAGUUCCAGUCAGUCCCCACCGACAUCAGCCUCUCCACAACUACAACAGACGACGCCUAUGAUUUCAACACAGAUUUUAAACGGUCUCUGCCCAGGAAGUGGGCUCUCUUCGCCUGUUUCCCUGUCCCAAGGUCAUGUGUAAUUAUGUUCAUGAGGAAAACUGUAAAUAAAUGACAUGCAUAAAUGUAAAUAUAAUAAACCUCUACAAAACUGAA